GAAAGACACUGAAGUGGGUGUGAAACUCUCCUACCAACAGCCAUCCUGCUCAAUAUGUUUUUACUUGGCAGUGGAUUGAUGGGCAAUUCCUCCGCCUCCUUCAUGGGGACCUUUCUGGCCAGUAGUCUGGGUUCCCCCCCUUCCCACCCGUCUCACCCCUCCCGGCCACCCUCCUCGCCCUCCUCACCUUCCUUCCGGGGCGGACCCCACUCCAGCGCCUCGCAAAUCUGGUUCCCCCAUUCGCAUGAAGCAGCUCCAGGGUAUCCUCGAUUCUCAGGGAGUCUGGCCCACACUUUCCUUCCCAUGAGCCACCUGGAUCACCAUGCCAACAGUGGAGUUCUCUAUGGGCAGCACCGUUUCUAUGACACCCAAAAAGAGAACUUCUACCUUCGAGGUCUCCCGUCCCAGCCUCCUCUCAUCUCAGCCAAUCACAGUCUGCCACCAAUGUCCAGGGCAGGUUCAGGCCACUCUCAGGGGUCCUGCAGCAGAGACAGAGAUGCAGGGGUGGGGACGGGGCUACAUAAGGGUCUUAAAGAGGGGUCUGUCGAGAGAGGAGUGGUACCCGUGAAGGACAAGGAGAGGUCCAGUAGCAAACAGGAGGCAAAGGAGAGACAUCAGCAGCAACAGCACCACAGCCACCAGCCACCCCAGCCCACACACCACCACCAUUCCCACUCCCAUCAGCAGCACCCACACUACCCACAGCACCCACUGCCCCUGGAGGAGGUCAACAGUCGGGCCCUGGAGAGGCACAAAGCAUCACUAGCAAUGGAGUACAGCAAGGAACAUCCACAGAGUAUGGGCAAACCCCUCAGUGCCUGCUUGCACAAUGGCAAGAUACAAAAUGGAGAUACUGGAACUGGGGCUGGGGCUAAGGCCUCCAUGACCAGCUGUGGGGGAGAGGGCACAGCCCUAGGGUCAAUGGGAGGUGGUGGUAGCGGCCAGGGCAGACAUAUGGGGUCCAGUGGCAUUAGCCGCUGCACCAAAGAGGGGGUAAGUGGGGAGAUGAGAAUUAGUGAACAAUCUUCGGACUGUCUGGAAAGGGGUCAGGCACAACUCCACCACUCUCUGUCCUACUCUGUACCCCCACCCUUACACAUGGGUUCUGCUGCAGGUGGGGCACACCCCCAUCCGCAUCCUCACGCUCACCCCCAUACACAUCCUCACCCAGGGGGCUUCCACUGCCUUCAGCUUCACCCCAGCCACCCACACCACCCACAUCAUUCCCACCAUACACACCACCAUCCAGACUUCUUCUGUCCGCCCCCUUCUGCUCCUCUAGCCAACCCUGCUUCACAUGAGAGGGGGGCAGCCAAUGUGGGGCGAGAGCCUAAAAUCACAGGACCUACAUUUGUGCCAUCUGUGGCAGAUCUGGGGGACAAAACUAGUGGGCCAUUCCAGCUUGGUAACCCUGACUGCCAUGGUGUGGGCAAUGGAGGGGGAGGUGGUAAUGCCAAGGAGAAGGUAAUAGAAAAGAAUGGAGGCAGUGGGCAUCAUAAUAGUUGGCAUAGAAAACAGCAACAACAGCACCAACAACAACAACAACAACAGCAACAGCAACAGCAACAGCAGCAGCAGCAGCAGCAGCAGCAGCAGCAGCACGCUUACAGAAAAGCAGAGAAGGCUCCAGACUGGAUGCAGUCCCAUCACCAACAUCUUCAGCCCUCACAGCUUCCUCCACCUCCCCAACAGCAACAGCCCCCACAUCCCCAACAGCACCAGGUGGUACGAUCACGCAGUGCUGAGUGUAUCAACAAUGGUGUGGACAUGGAUGUUUUCAGAUCCUCGCUGCCCCAGGGGCCCAAGGCUGGACACUCUGUCUCUCAUUCUGUAAACACUUCCCCUUACAGAGACUGUUCCCAUUCAGGACCCCCACCUAAUGCCUCACCACUUGGAAGUAAAAGCAUGGGUCAGCAUAGUGGGGCUGGAGCAGCCCAUGGCCCUAGUCCAGGAGGUAGCUGCUCCUUACAGAGAGAUGGUCAAAAGGUAGCCAGGAUACGCCACCAGCAACAUGGCCGGCCUGGCCCUGAAGCUUCUUCUCCUGCAGACUUGAACCAGGGGACAAGUCAGGAGAUGAAAAGAAAGAUGGACAUGUCUCCGUAUGGUUACAGCAACAGCAGUGGGCAGCACCACCACCAACAGCCCCAAGUGCCACCCUGGACUAUGAGGCCCCCCCACCAUAUGUCACAACCUGAGGAGGAGCAGAGGAAGUCCUACAUGGAGUUAGGAAGCACUGGUGUGCAACACUCGCAGCAGCAGCAGCAGCAGCAGCAGCAGCAGCAGCAGCAGCCGGGUAUGAGCUUGCCUCCUCCCCAGCCUCUCCCUGCACCUCCCCUCAGUCAGCAACAGCAGCAGCCUGAGCCCCAGGGUCAGACCCAGGGGGAGAGCAGUGCCAUGAAAAGCUUACUAAAGUACAGCAACCAGCAACAGCCACUGCUCCUUUCCCAGAAAAGCCCAUUUGGGGGUCUGGGAAACCUCAAGUCAGGUCCUGCUGGUGGGAGUUGUGCACUGCAGGGCAACAAACAGACUCUACCUUCCAGGAAGGGCCCGGCCAAUGACAACGAGCGCCCUGAUUACAGUGGACGGAGCCGAGAUAUUGGGGAAGCAGGUCAUGGAGAAAGUGAGGUGCGACAGCCACCGGUGGGAAUUGCAGUGGCGGUGGCCAGACAAAGGGAGCCAACUUGUCGCUCAACAGACGGUCAUCCCAACAGCCGGCAGGGCAGGGUACAUCCUUCUGUGAAAG